AUGAGGCCGCUCACCGAAGAGGAGGCCAAGAUGGUGUUCGAGAAGCUGUAUAAGUACGUGGGGAAGAACCUGAAGGCGCUGGUAGAGCGGUCGGACGAGGCGCACUGCUUCCGCCUGCACAAGAACCGGGUGUACUACAUGCGGGAGAGCCUCUUUAGGAAGGCCGCGCCAAUUGCAAGGGACAAUCUUGUGGCCCUUGGGACGGGCAUUGGCAAGAUCACGCACGGUGGGAAAUUCCAUUUGACCGUGGGGGCUCUUGAACUGCUGGCGCAGCACGCGAAACACAAGAUCUGGUUAAAGCCCUCCUCAGAACUGCAGUUCCUCUAUGGAAAUAAUGUGUUGAAGGCUGGUCUGGGACGGAUAACAGACAACACUGCCGCGUACUCUGGCGUUGUCAUUUUUAACAUGGCCGAUGUGCCCCUGGGCUUUGGGGUGAUGGCAAGGUCAACCAUCGAGUGCAAGACUUUGGAUCCCACUGCCGUUGUGGCCUUCCACCAAGCAGACGUUGGCGAGUACCUACGCUCUGAAGAAACCAUGUCAUGA